UAGCAUCAUGGGUGCUAUCACUUAUGAAAUGGAGGUCACCUCUUCAAUCCCUCCGGCCAAGAUGUUCAAGGCUUUUGUCCUUGAUGUUGACAACCUCAUCCCUAAGGUCCUUCCACAAGCCAUUAAGUGCGUCGAAAUAAUUGAAGGAGAUGGAGGGCCAGGAACGAUCAAGAAGAUUACUUUCGGUGAAGGCAGCCAAUUCAACUACGUAAAGCACCGGAUCGAUUCAUUGGACAAAGAGAAUUUCACAUACUGUUACACCAUAAUUGAAGGAGAUGCUUUGAUGGACACCCUUGAGUCAAUCUAUUAUGAGGUGAAGCUGGUGGCCUCUCCUGAUGGAGGAUCCAUCUGCAAGAACAUCAGCAAGUACCAUACCAAAGGCGACAUCCAGAUCACAGAAGAUCAAAUCAAGGCUGGCAAAGAGAAGGCUAUGGGCAUGUACAAGGCCAUUGAAGCCUAUCUCUUGGCCAAUCCUGAUGCCUAUUAAGUAAAAUUGACCAUAUUGAGAUUAUCUUUAAUUUGUGUCAUUCCUUCUAAAAGGCUUGGCUUUGAUAUAAAUCCUACC